AUGCUGUUUGCUGAUGACAACUAUGUUUUUUGCCAAGCUAAUAAUGGUUCUGCUAGUAGCGUCAUGUCUCUCCUUAGACGAUUUGAACAUGCUUCUGGACAACAGAUUAAUCUUGGUAAGUCAUCAGUUUUUUUCAGCCCAAAUGUUAAUGGUCAGCUCCGCCACAGUAUUUGCACUACUCUUCAUAUGCCUGAAGCUUCCGAAAACAGCUUUUACUUGGGUCUGCCAAAUAUUAUUGGAAGGAAUAAAAAUGCUAUUCUAGGCUUUCUCAAAAAUAAAGUCAUGAAUAGAAUCAAUAGCUGGUCUGGCAAGUUACUAUCUGGUGCAGGCAAGGAAAUUCUCUUGAAGACUGUAAUCCAAUCUCUUCCCACUUAUGCCAUGAGUGUUUUUCUUAUCCCUCUUGGCACUUGUAAUGAGAUUGAAAAGCUAAUGGCUCGCUUCUGGUGGAAAACUACGAAUAGCAAAGGCAAUGGAAUUAUUUAG